AUGUACGGCAUUGUACGUGACUCGCCUUUCGGGCAGAUAGUCCGAUUCGUUACUAAGAAUGCAUAUUUCCGAUAUCCUGAAGAACAAGAUGGGUUCACACACCCCUACUACAGCUCCGAUCCUUUCCCAAAGGAGGCCGAAGCAGAGCAUUCCACCACUUCCAAUACCGGCCUAGAGGAUGCUGCCACCCUUGGCUCCGGCGGACAGGAUGACCAAGAUUCUACAAGAGAGAUUUCUGCAUCAGAUGAAGAUUUGGAGAAUAACCACACAGAAAACCCCAUUGAAAGGGUUGUUACUAUGCAAAGUCAGCAUGAGGCGCAUAGAACAGAGAGUCGCGCUAUCAAGCCAACGCAAACAAGCGACGGAACAAUAGUAGUCGACUGGUACACCACUGACGAUCCUGAAAAUCCACAAAACUGGAGUGCGUUUCAAAAAAGCUUUAUAGCUUUUCAGAUUUGUAUCUACUCCUUUGCUGUGUAUUUCGGCUCUUCCAUCUAUGUCGGCGCAGUUCCCGAGGUCGUCCAAAGGUACGGCAUUAGCAUCGAGGUGUCCUCCUUGGCCCUCUCUUUAUAUGUCUUUGGAUAUGGUCUUGGUGCCAUGAUCUUUUCUCCUCUUAGCGAGAUCGCCGCUAUAGGAAGAAACCCGCCAUACAUCAUAACACUCUUCAUUUUCACCAUUUUAUGGGUCCCGGCAUCCGUUGUGGAUAACUUUCCCGGUUUCGUGGUCCUUCGGUUCUUAACUGGUGUUUUCGGUGCCCCAUGCCUUGCAACUGGCGGUGCUUCAUUGAGUGAUGUCUACCCGCUUAUACAUGUGCCAUAUCUGUUGAUCAUUUGGGGCGCUGCCACCGUCCUUGGACCUGCCCUCGCUCCGGUCAUCUCAAACUUUAGUGCCCCCGUCGAGGGAUGGCAUUGGGUAUCCUGGGAGAUGCUAUGGCUCAGUGCUCCGAUUCUCUUGAGUUUCUUCUUCUUCUUGCCCGAGACUUCAUCCACCACGAUCUUGUAUUACAGAGCAAAGAGAUUACGAAGAAUCACCGGAAACCAGCGAUACCGCUCACAAGUCGAGAUUGAUCAAGCUAAACAACACAUGACGAUGAAACAUAUCCUAUACAACGCCAUCAUUAAGCCUGUCGAAAUCAACGCUCUGGAUCCUGCCGUGCUUUUCUCAACAGUUUACACCAGCCUUGUCUAUGCCAUUUUUUACUCCUUCUUCGAGGCCUUUCCCAUUGUCUUUUCGGAAACAUAUCACUUUAGCUUUUCUGUUUCUGGCCUCCCAUUCUUGGGUGUAUUCCCGGGGUUAUUUGUGGCAUCUACUCUGUGUGUCGUAUCUUGGCACUUCCAAGUCGUGAAGCCCUUCAAGACCGAAGGGUUCAAGGCGUUUGGAAUUCCAGAAAACCGUCUAGUACCUGCACUGUUCGCAUGCUUUUGGCUCCCGGCCGGACUCUUUCUUUUUGCAUGGACGGCUCGUCCAAGUGUUCACUGGAUUGCCUCUAUUAUAGGCCUAUCGAUGUCUAUUGUCGGCACAUUCACCAUUAUUGUCUGCAUCUUGCAGUACCUAGCCUUCACUUACCCGAAAUACUCGGCAUCCUUGUUUGCAGCGAAUGACUUUGCCCGGUCGACGCUCGCAGCGGCUGCCAUCAUGUUCUCGCGACCGAUGUUUCUUAGCCUUGGAAUACACUGGGGAGUGUCUUUGCUUGCAUUUUUGGAUAUAAUAUGCUGCAUUUUACUCUUUGGGCUCUGGAAAUUUGGGCCCAGGCUGCGUGCCCAUAGUCGUUUUGCUGAAUCAUGA